AUGAACAAGCAAAAGGCAGGAGAAGGAAGAGAGAGCGCAAAGCAGAAGAUCAUCAAUAAGCUGCAGGCUGAGACAGCUUUUUGGGAGGAGAUUCAGGGUUUUCAGGAGACAAUGAAGAGCUUUUUGGAGAAGAUCAAGAGCUUUUGGGGAAAAGUCAGAGAUUUCAAGAUGGCCAUCCAAGCCUUCUGGAAAGAGGAAAAUCCCAUCUGGGAGGAGAAAGCUGCCUUUUGGGAGGAAGAAAAGAAAGACUAUAAUGCUUUCUGGAGGAAGUAUAAGAAUUUCUGGAAAGAAGUUCAGCUGCUCUGGGAGAAAAACAAGGUCCUUCUGGAUGAGGACAGAGUCCUAUGGGCAGAAGAUGCUCUGUGGGCAGAUGAAGAGGAGAGAGUUUUCUGGGAAGAUGAGGAGGCCUUGCAGGAAUAUGAAAAAAACUCUCAAGGAGUAUGA